AACACAAUAUUUCUGUUACUUUCAUCUAUAAUUUAUAUAUUAUUCAAUUAUUUAUCAAGUUUUAUUACUUCAAAAAUAAAUUCCCAGAUUCGAUGACAAUAAACAUCACUUGUUUCCUUAUGGGGCCUGUAAGCCAGUGCAAGAAAAUGUUUGCUCCGACUCGCUUUUUAGCAACAAUUACAUCUUUGGUAUUUAUAGGAUUAACUUUAUGUUCAGCAUUUUGGUGGAGAAAAGUUGGUUUGGUGUUUUUAUUCUGCAUUCUUCAAUUUCUGUCCAUGUCAUGGUAUGCUCUUUCAUAUAUUCCUUUUGCAAGGGAAGGUGUCGUCAAAUGCUGCCAAAUAUGUAUUAUAUAAAAAUUGCUACUAAACAAUUAAGCUAUGGGAAAUCAUUAUCAAUAUAAUUCAACCUAUCUAAAGUUUAUCAAGUGUCUGUUUCGGACCAUUAAUUAAAAAAGCACUAUUUGAUAAUGUUAAAUAAAUUGGUUAAGAUAAAAUAGAUGCAUGUUUGUAUCAUUUAAUAGAUCACUAUAUUGAAGUAAUCAUCAAAUGAGAGCAAAGCAGAAUGGGUCCUAACAGUGGUGCAUUAGUUUCAUGGGACCCUGUGUACAGUGUUGACUUCAGACGUCUUUUGAGAGAAUCUCCAAUAGUCUUGUUCAUUUUUUUAAAUUAGCCCCUGGAGGGUUAAGUUCUCCUUUGCACCAGUGCACCCCAUCAACAAUUUAGGGUCCCUAGGUAUGGUGCCAAAUUUGAAUCUCAAUAUUCUCAUUACAGUGAGUUUAUAAAAGAUUAUACUAUGGGCAAAAAGGGUCCCAAACCAAUGUGCCAUUGGGACCUAAAACAAACCAAAAUUGUUCAUGAAAACUGCAAUAUGAUUUAAAAGGAGCAAAGCAUGUUUUUCAGACUAUUUAAUAUCAAAUAUGAUUCACAAACUAAAACAUAAGUAUAAUUUUCUCCCAGGGAUAAGCAAAAAUUUAAAUAUUUGAUUUUCUCACAGGAAUGACCAGGAUCUCACAUACAAAAUUUUUAUUAAAAUAGACCUAACAUUAAUUUCUUUAAAAUGUAACUGCAGAAUGGUCCUCAGUCCACUAAAAGAAUUUUGCAUUUGUCUUUGUUUUCUUGUCUUAACUAAAUACAAGCAAUAAAUUAAGAACAUGAUUUAGAAUAUUUUAUUGGGCUGCAAUUUUUUAUUAUAUAUAGUUUAUUUAGAGUCUAGAUAAAAACAUUGCACCAGGCUCUAUCUUGUAUUCAGUUACAAUGUAGAACAAACAAGUGUGCAAAAGUACAUUAUUUGGUAAUGGAUGUAACCACCAUGCACCCUUGAUCUUUCUUUCUUAUGGAACAAAACCCUACAAAAGACUACAACUUUAAUUUAUGUUUAAACCAUGUUGCUGUCUCUGAAAAUUAGUACGAAAUGUUUUUGGUUAAAAUACUCAAAAGGGGAAUCUGCUGGACAUCAACAACAAAUGGGGAAAACUGUAUGGUAUGGACUUUUCUGCAUGGCUGCCUUGUGUGUACUCAAGACAGCCAACAGCAUGCAUGGAUUUUUCUUCUGAAGGGUUACAUAUUUUGAAAGCUAAAACAUUUCCUAAUAAAAACACCAUUCAUUUAUAACAAAACUCCAGUGUUUUUAACAAAAUGCUUUAGUUUUCAAAACAUGCAUGCUAUCUUUCAUAGGAGUUGAGAUAUGAUUUGGUCCCAAGACAAGCAGUUGGGAGCACAUGGCAACUUAAUUCAAUUAUUGGUACUUUGAUUACAAGGGAAAAAAAAAUACUUUAAAAUCUUGUGCCGACAAGCAAUAUGGCAAAGGCUUGUUCUGGGAACAAAAGUUCAAAUUUAGGUUAGCUCAAAUUUUCUCCUCAGUCAACCCGGUUAUGUCAGAAUCUAUCCCUCACCACUCGAUCACCCUUUAUUAUGGUGAUGGGCAUGGGUAAAAGAUUAUCUUAAUCUCAAUUGGCAGAGUAAAAUAAAAAAGCAUCUGUUUACAGGUUUUUUUAAAACAUACUUUAUACUCAGCCAUCAUUGCAGUUUCAAAGAAGUUUUUACCUAUCCACAUUUACUGUUCAAAGGUGAAAGAUUCUAUCCAGCUGGUGUUGUUAAUGUUUCGAAACUCUGCAGAAGGAGAAGGAUGACACACAUACACGAAAAAACAAUAUUCUUUCACAAUCAAAAGUAUAAUUUCCAAAAAUUAAAUAGAUGGAAGCCCAAGAAAAUCUUUUAAAAAUGGUUUAGCUCAUUAUUGCAAUCACACUUAAAAUUUAAAUUACAAAUAAAUUGGCCUUGCUGCCUUCUACAUUAUUCCAAGUCUUAACCUUCUGUUUGAGUUCCAAAUGAAUUGGCCAAUAUUUGGCUGAAUAUUCGGUGGUCAGAAAGGCAAGAAUAUCUAGUAUUCAGCAAUAAUGACAUUAAGUGAUUAUUUGCUAUUCGAUUCAUCCCUAAUUGAUACAAUCGACUGAAAAUUUAUACAUUUGGAAUUAUUGGCUUAGUACAUAUUGUAAUUCCCAUAUUUAGAGUAAUAUCACAUUUGGCAAUACAGUAUUAGUAAAUAUAUUUUGUUAAAUGUACUUUAAAAUAGUAUUAGAAAAAUAUUCCAAGAACAUAAAUAUUACAAAUCAUUUUUUAGCCCAAGUUUUCUAGCAAUUUCUGAUAUGUAUAUAUGUUUAUAAAUAUGAAAUUAAUUAAUUAUAUUAAUUUCAUAUUUAUUAAUUAUAAGCUAUAUUAAUUAACCAGUUGUAAACAAGAAGACAUUUAAUGAAAGAAAAUAGGAUAUUGCUCUGUAGUUAAUUUACAAUCUGCCAAUUUUUUUAUAUCCAUUUUUUUGCAAACUCAUGCUGGGAUCUUUUUGCCAAAUCUAUUUUUAGCUUCAGCACCUCAUAAUUAGCUGCAUCUACUGUUUCACCUCUUGCUUGGAAAUGAACCAAUAGCAGUCUGCAAGUUCCAAAAGAUAGUCAUCAUCACUUUUCCAGCAGGGGGUUGAAUUUGAAUUUCUUGUAAACUGGUAAAGGUUUGUACUUCUGUAGAAUUGAAUCAUGUUUUGAUUUUGGUUGGAAACAGUGCACCUGUGACGAUUCCAUACAAUGUGUAAGGUCCCCCGCUCAAUGUACCAACUCCGUUUCCCCGAGACAUAAGCCACCCACAGCUGCUUUUAUAUCAUGUAGAAUCCACUGAAAUACCAGUUGGUUAUGCAUUAUCAUGUAUGCCAUCCCAUGGAACACAAGUAUAGCUGUAAUGUCAGCAACCUUUAUGCAGCAGUCAGCUCUAAUCACAUUUUCUGCUUUUGUCAAAUUUUUGGUGUUGAAAUAACCCCAACAUGCCCAUGGGUUUCAUCACCAGACUCAGCUUUAUCAUCAAUACUGCUAUGGCCAUUUUCAUAUUUUUCUACUCGCUAAGACGACUGUAUCAUGAGAAAGGACCAGUUUCCUUAUGAAUAUUCUUUACUGCACUACCUUUUCCCCACAGAAACCAAACAGCAACACAUUUUUUCAACAUCUUUACCAUCUAACAACUGAUGACAUGGUAUUAAAUGUGAAAUCAAGAGCAAGCCAUUGUUACUGAAAAUUUGUUUAUUUUUUCUCUCUAUCAUCAAAUGUGAUAUUUUAUAUAUUGAAUAAAUUCAUCCAUUUAAAUGUCACAAUAAAUUUUAAUAAUAUAAAUUUUACAAAAAUAGAAAUACACAAAUAUGGGAAAGAAGAAUGGAUACCAACACUAAUACAGAAUUA